UGUGGGAAAAACUCGGCUUCACUUGGAAAGGAAAAGCCAUCGUACUUUCCCAGAAGUCACGGUUUCCUUUCUUCUUUUCCAUCGCGAUUUCCAUUAAAUAUUAUGGAACUUUCUGCUAUUCGUCGUUGGUUUCGGCUUGAGCACAAGCAGUACAAGAAGGGAUCACGAGGUCGUAAGAACCUGAGCUCUUCUCCCAUUCCUGUAGCCUCCCGCCUUCAGCGCGAUGAUUGCUAUGUUGCAGAUAUCACUUCUCAUCAUCGUGGUUGCACUAUCACUAAGUCCAACUUUUGGAAAAGAAUUUGGUGAACAUCGACCUGAGGAGAUUAAAUUGCAGCAUGGGGCCGUUGCCACCGAUGAUCGUAGGUGCUCCAGGAUUGGGAGAGCUGUCCUUAAGGAGGGAGGUCAUGCUGUGGAUGCAACCGUCGCAUCCGUCCUUUGCUUGGGCGUGGUUAGCUCUGCGUCGAGCGGUAUUGGAGGUGGUGCUUUCAUGCUCUUGAGGUUAGCUAAUGGGAAGGCACAGGCCUUUGAUAGCAGGGAAACUGCUCCUCUACGAGCUUAUGAGAAUAUGUAUGGCGGCAAUGUUGCACUAAAAGGAAGUGGUGGCCUUUCCAUUGGAAUACCAGGGGAACUUGCAGGCCUUCAUGAAGCCUGGAAGCAACAUGGAAAGCUUCCCUGGUCAAGGCUCGUAAAACCGGCUGCACAUCUAGCUCGAGGAUUCAGAAUUUCUCCUUAUUUGCAUAUGCAAAUGACUAAAACAAAAGAAGGAAUUUUGGCAGAUGUGGGGUUGCGCCAAAUAUUCACAUCAAAUGGAUCCCUUUUGCAAAUAGGUGAUCUCUGUCACAAUUAUAGACUUGCACAUACAUUAGAAGCUAUUGCAAGGCAUGGACCUCGGGUUUUUUACAAUGGUUCUAUUGGAAUUGCCUUGGUCAAAGAUAUUAAAAAGUCUGGCGGCAUAAUAACAAUGAGAGACUUGCAAGAGUAUAAAGUCAGCAUCAAGGAACCAAUAUCUACUCAUGUCAUGGGGGUUAAUAUCCUUGGAAUGCCUCCGCCUUCAUCUGGGGGUGCUGGAAUGACACUCAUUUUAAAUAUCCUUGCUGAAUAUGGAAUUCCAUCAGGUGUUUCUGGUUCUGUCGGGCUUCAUCGGUUGAUAGAAUCACUGAAACACAUGUUUGCUGUAAGAAUGAAUUUAGGGGACCCUGACUUUGUGAAUGUUUCAGAAGUUCUUUCUGAUAUGCUAUCCCCUAAGUUUGCACAUGAGCUGAAGAAGACCAUAUUGGAUAAUAUGACAUUUACUCCUGAUCACUAUGGCGGAAAGUGGAAUGUACUGAGCGAUCAUGGAACUAGUCACUUAUGCAUUGUUGAUAGCGAACGAAAUGCCAUUUCAAUGACCAGCACUGUUAAUUCAUACUUUGGAGCACAGAUUCUAUCACCAAGUACUGGUAUUUUGCUUAACAAUGAAAUGGAUGAUUUUUCCAUCCCUAUGAAUGUUACUGCAAAUGUUCCUCCUCCUGCUCCAGCAAACUUCAUCAGACCAUUUAAAAGGCCAUUAUCAUCUAUGUCACCAACAAUUGUUGUCAAGGAUGGGCAGCUAAAGGCUGUAGUAGGGGCAAGUGGAGGAAGCAUGAUUAUUGCAGGGACUACUGAGGUUUUCUUGAAUUAUUUUGCCAAGGGAAUGGAUCCACUCAGCUCUGUCAUGUCUCCUAGAUUAUAUCAUCAGUUGAUACCUAAUGUGGUUCAAUAUGAGAACUGGACAACAGUGAGUGGAGGUCAUUUUGAGGUUCCUGCUGCAACAAGGCAGGCCUUGCAGAAGAAGGGUCAUGUCUUAGAACCUCUGGCUGGUGGGACUAUUUGUCAAUUCAUUGUUCACAACAUAGAGAAAUCAAAAUCAAUAGCACAUGAAAGAGUUCAGUUUGGUAGCCUAACUGCAGUUAGUGAUCCAAGGAAAGGAGGUUUACCUGCUGGCUACUGAGUUCUUCAAAUCAGUUGCAGUAUGGAAUAAAUUGAUUCUUACAAACUGAAAAGUUAAAAAAAAAACAUUUUAUUUGUAGUGUCAUAGAAGGUUUUGUUAGUUUGUAAUUAAUUUUUUUAUAA